GGCUGGGCGAGGGACGCGGAGCCCCGGAGCUGCCCCCACGCUGGACCAGGAGCCGUGGGGGGAAGGAGGCUGGCUGCCAAGAACCGGGGAAGGGGGGAUCCGGGGCUUCCAGCUCUGUCUUCUCGCAGCCCGAGCCCGGCCAGGGGUGCUGGGUACCACCUGCCUCAGCAUCUUCCAUUCCUUUCGUGCGGAUGCGCUGCGCGCCCGUUGCGCGCGGGUGAUGUGAUGGAUGCCCGGAGAAUGAUUCUGUAGCUGGACUCCACCAUCCCCAGGUGGUACUUUGUGUGCUGCUUUUUUUUCCUCUUUCUUUUCUUUUUUUUCCUUCUUUUUUUCUUCUCUCCGGAGGAAGAUCUACACCAUGGCUGUGGGCGCUCCAUGAACUGAGUCCUGACCCACCCAUCCUCAUUUAGCCAUCCAUCCAGGAAAAAAAAAAGAAAGAAAGAAAAAAGAAAACAAAAGAAAACAGAAAAGGCUAUUAUUAUGGUGGUCUCUUUGGGGACAUUUUUGUGCAUUUUGGGACAUUUGUGCAUUUGGGUUCUGUCCGGUUAGUUCUCUCUCAUCUCACUUGGGAUUUUUUUUUCUUUUUUUCUUUUCAUGCCUUUCUGGCUGGGCUUGAUGCUGAAAAUAAAAAAAGGAUCGUCUCCCCCACUCCCUUCCAACCCUCUCAUCCUUCGGUGAUCAUAAUCCAGCGCUGAUCGAGGAGGAAUAAAAUCAUCCAUUCAUUCACCCUGGCCGAAAAAAAAAAAAAAAAACAACAAUCUCUGGGAAGUCUCAAAGAAAUCGACCACGUGAGGGGAAAAUACUGGGAGAAGGUUUGGAAUAUUAUCGUUUUUCCUUAUGGUAAAGCCGGUGCCCCUCCUCGGGAGAACUGAUUUCCAAUUAUUAUUAUGCAACCGCAAGGACCUCUUCUUCCUCAGGGUGUCUAAGCUACUGGAUUGCUUUUCGCCCAAAUCAAUGUGGUUUCUUUGGAACAUUUUCAGCAAAGGAACGCAUAUGCUGCAGUGUCUUUGUGGUAAGAGUCUGAAGAAAAACAAGAAUCCAACUGAUCCCCAGCUCAAGGGCAUAGUGACCAGGUUAUAUUGCAGGCAAGGCUAUUACUUGCAAAUGCACCCCGAUGGAGCUCUCGAUGGGACCAAGGAUGACAGCACUAAUUCUACACUGUUCAACCUCAUACCAGUGGGACUUCGAGUUGUCGCUAUCCAGGGAGUGAAGACAGGGUUGUAUAUAGCCAUGAAUGGAGAAGGUUACCUCUACCCAUCUGAACUUUUUACCCCUGAAUGCAAGUUUAAGGAGUCUGUUUUUGAAAAUUAUUAUGUAAUCUACUCAUCGAUGCUGUACAGACAACAGGAAUCGGGGAGAGCCUGGUUUUUGGGGUUGAAUAAGGAAGGACAAGCGAUGAAAGGAAACAGAGUAAAGAAAACCAAACCAGCAGCUCAUUUUCUACCCAAGCCAUUGGAAGUUGCCAUGUACCGAGAACCAUCCUUGCACGACGUGGGAGAAACGGUCCCGAAGACAGGGGUGACGCCGAGUAAAAGCACCAGCGCCUCGGCUAUCAUGAAUGGGGGCAAACCAGUCAACAAAAGUAAGACCACAUAGCCAGAUCCCCCCACCGUGUGUGACUCAGUGUCCCGCUCCCGGCUGAGUGAUUUGUCCAGGCCAGACAUUCCUCCUCCCGGUGGCCAAGGACCAGCGCACACUCCUGGCCAUCUGGAACUUUGUGGGUGCCAACCCAUGAGGACCCUGCCCCGGUGGCACCCCCUCACCUAACCAGAAGGCACCGGGAUACCAGCUCAACUCAGACCAUGGAAUGCCCUCCCAGAUCUGGAAUGCCUUUUUCAAUCUCUUUUCUUGGACUGUGACACUUCCUGUGAAUGACAUCCUUCACCCGUCCAACGCCACACCUUGCCUGCUGACAGCUCCCCAGCACCCCUUUGGGCGUCCUGUUCCCGAGAUCGAUCUUCAUGUGUUUUCCCUUCUCUUUUUGUAGCACACCGAUUUGAAUUUGAACUGAGUCCUUUCUAGAUAGCCGCUGGACAAACCCCCCUGCUCCUCUGGACUCCUUCUUGUUUCUACAGGGAUGUGGGCUCGCUCUACUCUCGGUGACCACCUUCCCCCCACUUUCCAGAAUUUUCUUUCCUUUUCCAUUUUGGCAGGUAUUUGCCUUUCUGGACAUCUUCAGGGUUGCAGUGGACUUAACUGGGCAGAGCCCUCGGGGAAUCAGGGAGCCCUUCCGAAAUGAGGAUGGACAAGUAUGGAGAGCUCUAAAGAUUAGGGAUGUGGCCCCAGGUCCCCCCUCACCAUCGCUGACCCUGACCUUACACCCAUGGCAGAGGACAGCUUGGUGAGUGAGGACAGGGUCAAAUACAGCCUGUGGACACUGUUUGGUCUCCCCCUUCUACUUCUUUUGUGUGUGCGGUCUGUUUUAUACAUAUCACAAGCUUACUGGUAAUGGUGACAUUUGCCUUGCCCAGCGAGCAAGACCCACUGGUUUUCCUUUUUUCUUUCCUUUUUCUUUUAUCUUCUUUCUUUCCUUUUUCUUUUUUUUCUUCUUUUCUUUUUCUCUUUUGAGAUAGUGGGUCCAAAGAAUUCUAUAGGCCUUGUAGGCCUGAUCAAGGUUCAUUUUCAUCUCCUAAUCCUCAUUAUUUGGGAAAAGGAAGAAAAAAAUAAUAAAUGAAACAAACAAAAAAAAUAUCAGUAAUUACCACUUAGGAGAAUUGUGCUACCUAAAUCCAUUUCAUAUAUACUCUUUCCUGUUUUUAAUGACCGGAAUUUAAUGCCCUCCACAAUUUUGGCUGCAUUUCAACUCAUACUCAGCAGAGCAUGGGCCAAGGCGGCUGUUUUUUCCUUUCUGCAGCAGCAAUGCAAACGUUAGUUACCAACUAGACUUUACUAUUUUUUGGUGUUCAAUGACAAUUUUUAACUGAACAUACUAAGAAAAAUAUUUUUU